UUGAUAGUUUCGACCGAACUUGAACAACAAAAUUGAGUUCCUCCGAAAUCGGGAAGAAAAUUUUCUGCUGAAAAUGAAGAAUCAAGACGACAUUCGUAAUCUUCCGAUUGAUAUCGCGUUUGCUCGUCUUGGAGAAUGGUUGGUUGAUCGGAAGAGAAUACCGGCCGAUUGGCGGAAACGACUGGCAGCUGUCAGAGCUAAGAUAUCAACUGCUUUCUCUUCACUGCCGAAGAAUAUCGAUCCCUAUUUCCAAACCCUAGAUUCUGAAGGCAUUGGUUAUUUGGAAGCUAAACAAAUAUAUGAAAUUCUUGUGAAAUCAACUCCAGAAAGCCGCACUAUUUUUGGACGGCUUUCAGGUGAUGCUGGGGUUUGGGAGUCAAUUGUGAAAGCUUUCGAGAAUGAUCAUAUAUACUUAGGUGAGGCUGCCCAGAUUAUGGUUCAAAAUGUCAAUUAUGAAAUCCCUUAUCAGAAAAAGCAAAUCCAAAAAGCUCAACAACAACUUGUAGAACUAGAACGUAAAGAAGCAGAUAUAAAAAGAAAUGCUGCUCACUCGGCUACCAAAUAUAUAGAGGCUUGUCAAGAGUUAGGUUUGCAGGGUGUAAAUGUGAAGGUUGAAUUGUUAGAAUCUGCACAGAGAUCACUUCCAAGCAUAUUUAACAAAAUUCUGGAAGUUUUGAACUGUGAUUCUGUCUCAAAUGCCAUUGAAUUCUAUGCAAAUUUUGUUAGAGAGGCUCACACUGAAAAGGAUAAAACUUCUCAGCUUGUUUUGUCAAAUCUGAGGCAAAUUCUUGAAAAUCCCCCUUCUGUUACUGUCUCUGUGGGUUGUGAAGUUCUUGAUUCUAUAAAUGAUCAAUCAAGAGAUAAUGCAUUGAAUGAUGCAGUUGAAGACUUUAACAUAGCUGCUGAUGGCAUUGACUGGGAUAUUACACUUGAUAGCUCCCAGAUUGACUGGGAUAUUGGUACCAUUGAAGAAACAGAAGACUCUGGCAACGGAUUGGGUCCUUAUGAGAUUGUUGAUGCAAAUGAGGUUUUAGAUAACUCUUCACCCAAUGAUGAUGAUGAUGGUGGCCAUAUCCCAAAGGUCUCCAGUUCAGAGCUAUCUUGGGAUGUCAGUGUCGAGAAUCCUCAAGUUCAUGUACUGGAAGAAGAUGCUACCUUGAUUCAGUCAGUGCCAGAAACUCAAUCUACCCAACUGAACACCAUAGCUGAUGAUCAGGUUGCCAUGGAGGGAAGAAGCCAGCUGUUGGAGACUGAAUACAGGAAUAAGAUUCUUGAUGAUCUUUUUGAGAUUAAGGCAUUUCUGAAUCAAAGAAUAUUGGAGUUGAGGUGUGAAGAAACGUUAAGCUUGCAAAAUCAUGUCCAAUCAGUUGCACCUUUCGUAUUGCAGCAAUACUCUGCUGAUGCAAUUGAGAAAAUGUUAUUGGAUCUUUCGUCAGUCAUCUCUUUGCUUACAAAUAGGAAAACCAGAGAUAUGAUCAUGCUUCUUAACUCAAAAAGGUUCCUAGACAGACUUGUGAGUACCCUCGAGGAAAAGAAACAUCAUGAAGCAAAAUUAAAGGAUGGUUUGAAAGAACUGUUUGUUAAACGAAUGGAACUGCAGAAUUCGUUAUCUUCAUUGUGGCCAAAGCAGGAAACAGCUUUGACAAAAACCAGGGUGUUGAAGAAGCUUUGUGAGAGUACUCUAUCAUCCAUGUUUGAUGGAAGGCCAGUCAAUAUUAUAGGGGAGAUCAACACACUCUUGAGUAGUAGUAGUCUCACCUCAUAAAUAUGCACUUCUCUUCCUUUCCUGCCCUUACAUUUUACAUCGCAAACAAAUUUUAUCGGCUAGACUAGACUAGACGAUGCCCCGUGUUUCUUAAACUAUUGGCAGUUGAAGCUAUAUACUAACUUGUACUAUUUCUUUCUUUAAAAUUUUGGUUAUCGGAUAUCAAUAUUGAAAUUGUAAUAGUUUUGAGACUUGGCCACUAGUUUCGAUUUUCAUUAAUAACGUCGUAAAUGGGAUCAUGAAGGUUGAAUUGUU